AUGGCCGCGUUCAGCAUCCAGGGCAACGUCUCCCUGCUCGGCAUGGACCCUGAGGCGAUCGUCGAGGCCUGCGACGACAGCGCUCGCGCGUCCAGGCUCGCGCAGGCGCUGCUCGGGGUCGGCCUCGCCACCGCAACCAUGGCCACCUACGCGGCCGUGCUCAGGCGCCCGGGCGGCCAGGAGCUCGCGUACUAUUUCCUCGGCCUGGGCGGCGCCUUCGUCGCCGGCGUGGCGGAGAUGUGGGCCGCGCUCUGGAUCUCCGGCGACGUCCCCGCUCGCCGCCGCAAGGGGAAGGUGAUCCUCUACGCGUCCGUCGUCCCGCUCGUGAUCGCCAGCGGGCUCGGCGGCUUCACCGUCGUUUUCAACUGA